CCCAUAAGUAAGGUCCCGUCAACGUAAACACUUUCGGCACAGUUUUUAUUUCUGAUGCAGGCAUCGGUUUGACGUCUUUCUCCAUACUGCUAAUAUCCUUAAGUCGUCAUUAUGGCUCGCCUGUAUCCAGUUACACUUAUUGCCUUAGUCACUGUCAUUGUAAUGGGCUAUGUUAUGGUAUACUAUUCCUCGGAACCGAUCCAUUCAGAUCUAGACAUUAACAGUGAAGAACUGAAGAAAAUUCCGGAUGGUUUCCGGAUAAAACAUGCUGUGAAACUGGCAGAUAAAUCUGUUAUCCCUGUGAACGUACUCCUUUGCUCGGACCAUCGGACGAUUGGAGGAAUGAUCACAACGGUGAACAGCAUCCGUAUGAAUGCAAAAGUUCCAGUCAAAUAUUAUCUUGUAGUUGAUAAAUCAUCUAUCAACCACUUACAAAAAUGGAUAUCGGACUCGGUUUUAAAGGAGAUUGAUUACACCAUCAUUGCUUUCAACGACACGUCUAUGAGAGAGAAGAUGCAUCCAAAGGAUGGGAGAUCUGAUCUACAGGACACAUCACCUCUAAAUUAUGCCAGAUUUUAUUUCCCGGAUAUUAUCCCUGAAGUCAAAGGACGAAUAAUAUUUGUAGACAGCGAUACUGUAGUACAAGGUAAUAUUGGAGAGCUGAACAACACCAAGAUUGCCCCUGGCAACGCUGUGGCUUUGUCAGAUGAUUGUACUGCCACCUCCAGUCGAUAUGGUUUCUACAAGACGAAUUACGGAAGCUACAUCAACUUCCAGCAUCCACAAGUAAAGGCAAUGACCAUGAAUCCGUUGGAAUGCUCUUUCAAUGCUGGUGUGUUUGUUGCAGACAUUGAUGAGUGGAAGAAGCAAGGAAUUACUGCUAGGAUCGAUUUCUGGAUCAAGCUGAAUGCACAUGAGAAUGUAUUUGGAAAUCAACGAGCAGGUGGAGCAACAGCGCCCCCUAUGAUGAUUGUAUUCUACAAAAAGUAUUCCAAGAUUGACCCAAUGUGGCACAUAAGACACUUAGGACUCACCUCCGGAACACGCUACUCGCAGACCUUUAUCAACGCAGCGAAACUGAUACACUGGAGUGGCAACUUUAAACCAUGGGGUCGCAUUUCACAGCAUACUCAGGCCUGGGAAAAAUACUUUGUCAUAGAUCCCACAGGGCAGUUCAGACUCGUUAGAAGAUAUAAUCUUAUUGAAUAGAGGGCAGUGUAACUUUUUUUCAUUUGUAACCAGGAAAACAUCUUCCUGAAUUGUAAUUGGUAAUAUUACACUGGUUUUAAUUGAUUUUUUUACUAUCAAACAACAAGAUCCAAUAGACCCCUUUUAAUGUUACAUUGGCCUAACUGAAAUGCUGGUGGUGCCCUACCUGGUGGGCAAAAAAUUCUCGAGGUAUAGGAGAAAUGCAUGGAAAAUCAGGAUAUGCAUUAUGUUUGUUCUUUGUUGUGCCAAAAAUAUGAGAGCUACAUGGAUGAAAGUCAUAAUUAUAUAUACUAUUUAGUAUAUACAGUAUAUAAUAUAAUAUUAUUAACAUCCAAAAAGAUAAGACGAAAAUUACUUUAAAAAGUAAAUAAAAAUAGAAAAAAAAUAUAAGUUCGUAAAUUUUAAUUUUUUUUGUCAAUUCCUAAUACGACAUAUGUGAAUUUCAUCCUUGUAGCUUUCAUAUUUUUGACACAACAGAAAAAAUAACAAGUAUCCUGAUUUUGCAUGUAUUCCUUCUAUACCUCAAGGAUUUUUUGCCUACCAGGUAGGGUACCCAAUGUAAACAUUGAAAGGGGUCCAUACCAAAUCUAUAUUAAAAACUGGUUUUAUUAAAUAUCUUCUUUUCUUCAUUGGCAAAUUAUAUUUUGUAAUAGCACUGUUCAGUUGCACUAUAUUAAAACAAUGAAAUCACAAUCCACCUCAUUGUGUAAUUACAUAUACAUUGAGAUGAAUUGUGAUUGGCUAGAUUUUUGUAUUUGCAUAAAAUUAUUCUAAUAAAUGGCUUACCAUUUAUUAUAUCUCAGGUUUUGAUUCAAAUCAACAAUGGAAAAUUAAAAGCGUGGGGAAGAUGAUAUUAAUAUUAAAUCAAGGUGGCAGUGUAGUUACAACCAAUUACCAGAUACAGUCUUAUAAAGUAACUUUUCUGCCUGUCCAAAAUGUUUUUGGUGUUUUAUUUGGGUUGGACUCUCUCAUUCAUAAUAUGAGGUAUCUUAUAUUUUUCCUUGCUCAUUUAAUUGAUAUGACCAAAAUCAUAUGAAAUUAUAUUUAUAGUGAUGUAAUUUAAUACUUAUUGGUGUUUUUUUUUUUUGUUAUAUAAAGUGAACUUUGCAUUUUAUAAACAAAUUGCAGUAAUACCAAGCUUUGUGAAUCACAAUUAAUUAUAUGUAUGUAAAGUGGAAUUAACAUACAGUAUACAGUUUUAUGCAAAAGAAAGUGCCAAGUAAAAUAGAUAAGUAUGUGCUAGAUUAUUAAAAUUGCAUGUGUAAAAAUACUGUUUUAUUUCUUAUGACAAUUUGUCAGGAAAUCAAAUUACUG